CAUUCGUAAAGUAAAAAGAAAAAUCCGUCAGAUAUCCGUAAUUAUAUUUAACUGCAUCAAGGCUGUAAUGAAAUGUUUAUUCGCUACAAUCAAAUGCACAUUUCUCGUAUUGAAAGAUAUAGCUCUUGACAUUUAUGCAAUCUAUGUAGCUAUCUCUAGAGGUAUAAAUACGACAGUUACAUUCAUCCAGAAUAGUCCAGAUUUAGCAAAGAAAGCGUUUAAUGAUAUGAGACGUAGUUUUUCUAAAUCCGAAUCUGAUAUCGAAUCUGAUACCGAAUUACCUGAACCCAAACCUGAACCCAAACCUGAACCUGGAACGAAAUGUAAAUCUGAAUGUAAAGCUACAUGUGGUACUGUCGAUGAUGAUGAUGAAGACGACGAUGAUGACGAUGAUGAUGAGGAUGAGGACGACGAAGAAGAUGAUUGUACGCCACCUAAGCGACCUGAACCAUCAACCGAUGGAGCAACCGCUCCAGUACUAACUAAUUGGCUAAAGAAUGUUUUCCAACUACGCAAGAAACUACCAGCUUUAAAGAAACACGUGGUUACACAAACUAAAGCCGAAGCACAGAAAUCCAAAAUGUGCUAUUUAAAAUAUAAGCCGCGAAUGCAGAAAAUUGUGCAAAGUUACAAAAGACGCCGCGAUAACGGUAUAGGGCCAAGACCACGGCGAAAAUGCUAUCGACGCAG